AUGGAGCAGCUGGAACCGGGCAGUCUGAUCCAGUAUCAGGGCUCACUGUCUCCUCCACCCUCAUGGCCAGCAGUAGUCUGUACAGACGACAUGGCACCUAAGGAUUUACUGCGAAGUCGCCCGCGCGGUGUUUCUACAAUUCUCAUAUUGAUCUUAGGUAGCCUAACAUUUCGCUGGGCAACCCCAAAAGAUUUGAGCGAAUACGAUCCGUUCAUGCCAAUUCUACAGGGACAAAUGGUAGCAAGAGUGCCGGGCCUAGGAGAUGCAUAUGGAAUGGCCAACAACCAUCUCGACUCUUCCUUGGACUUGGAGUAUUGGCGUGAGAGAGUGGGAGGUACUAUAACCAUUGAUUCUGAUCUCGAAUUAGACUCUGAAGACUCCAUGGACACUGAAUUUCAGCAAGCCUUACGCGCAAGCCGAGACGACUACUUGCGCAAGAAUCCUGCAAGUAGAAGCUUGCUGACGCCCUCUCAAUCGCCCCCAAUCGUAUUGCCAAGUCCACAAGUUAGUCGUACUGCCGCAACCCAGAACUCUACAAGAUUUUUUGGAGUCCCUCUGCCCAACAACACUAUAGACCUAACAGACGAGGAAGUCCCUACAGACGAGACCCCAAAACGAACAGAGCCAGCCACAAAACCGUUAUCCCAACAGACCUGCAUCCUAGACACCACCAACCUCUCCAACAUCUUCAACAAACCAACCAGCGACACCAUAGAUGGCGAACUUACCCAAAGCAAACACUUCAUCCACGUCCCCGUGGGCCCCAAAUCCCAACUCCGCGUCCUCCCCCAGCAAUCCCUCUGGAACAGACCCUACUUCCGCGACCCGCGCCGCGGCCUCAACCACUUCGACUACAUCGACAACACAUGGAUCCUGCGCCACCCAGCCCUGCGUCACAUCAACCCCGCCGACUUCGACUUUGCAGCCGAGUACCUCGAAAGCGACGACUUUGGGAUCCGAUUACCGCUCGAUCCGCGUAGUAGUAGUAGUAGUAGUAGUAGUAGUAGUAGUAGUAGCAGUGAGGAUUACAGCAUAGUGCUGCAGCAGUGCUACGCGGCGUGGAGUGUUGCGGAUCGCCUUGAUAUGUAUGAUCUUAUGGAGCAUGUGGUGGAUAAGCUGGAGGGUAUCACGCCGGGUAGGGAUGAGAUGAUGGUGUUUGCGUGUCGGAUUUUUGGGAAGAAAGGGGGUGGGGAUUUGCCGGGGCAUUAUCGGCUCAAGGAGUAUUUGGCUAGGUUUAUUGCGGAGGAUUGGUGGGGGUAUAUGAGGGAGCUGGGGGAGUGGUUUGUGGAGAGGUUGGAGGGGUUGCCUGAGUUGGAGAGGGAUGUGUGUGAGAAGCGGUUGGAGGCGUUGAAUGAGCGGUUGGAUAGGGAGGAGGAAGAAGUGGAAGAAGUGGAAGGCGGGGAAGAUAUGGAGAUUGAUUGA